UACACGAUAAUUGGACUGAACCUCCACGUUUGAUAUUUUUGCAUAGAAUAUGAACUUCUUCUGCACAGGAAUCAUUGCAUUCGCCUUCGUGAAUUUCGUAUCACCCCAAUCCGAAUCUACCCCUGAACCAGUGAACACAACUUCCCAAGUGGACUUUUCAUGGAAUGCGUACAAAAAGACAUUCUCCAAAUACAAGGAGAACUUCGUCAUGUCCCCGUAUUCGCUCCGCAGACUAUUUUCGUGCCUACAAGGGGUGAAGCUACUUUCCCCAACAGCCAAUCCCAAGCUCCAGCAAGAACUGAGCAAGGUUCUGGAGCUCAAACCCAACGAUCAACCAUCGGAGCAAGCUCAUCGGUCUUACGUGGCCCAAUGGCUACGAUUGGCAGAGGCAAAAAAUCUCAACAUGACCACGAUGGUGGUUGCCAUCGGUAGACAGAAGGCAUCGCAAGCUUUCGACAGCAUAAUCGAGAACUGUGUAAUCUACACCGGUUACCUCCAGCCGUCCACCUCCAAACUGAUGGGCCAGAUUAUCAACAAUGCGCUGGAGAACAUCACCCACCACUCGGUGAAAGAUUUUCUCACCGAAACGGAUAUCAACAAAAAUUGGAAGUUUUUCGCCGUGGACUCCUGGCAGUUUAAGGGAUUAUGGAAGUACAAAUUUCAGAAAGAGUUCACCGCUACCUGCAACUUCUUUGAAAGCAAGGAUAAGAAAGCGUUGACCAACUUCAUGUAUCUGGAGGAGAACCUAAAAUAUGGACACUUUCCACAGUGGAAAGUACAAGCCGUGGAGCUACCGUAUGACGAUCAAAGUCCAUUGUCUUGUGUACUACUGAUGCCCGUUGGAACUAGUAUAGAUGCUUUGAUCAGUGGCUUAAAUCACACUUGGUUCAAACAAAUCUACUCGAAGAUGGUACCAUCCAGGACCACGGUUAGACUUCCGCAGUUUGGUUUGCGAACAACGGUUCCGGGAAGGCAGCUGCUCGAAGAGAUGGGAUUGAAUGUGCCAUUCAAUAAUGGCGUGUUUCAGGUGUUUGAACGUGGACAAAAGGUACUGCUGGGCGAAAUCGUUCAGAAGGUGGAACUGGAGAUGGGUUACGAAGGACAGGAAACAGCACAACGUUUUGUCGACAAACGUUCGGAUAAGCAAUUCACCGCCCAACAACCGUUUGUGUUUGUAAUUUUCGACCGCACCGAUCUGGUGCCCGUUCUGAUGGGACAGUACCUGAAGGUCCCGGAGAACGCAUCUUCGGAAAAGGAAGACAAACAACAUUGCGAAGGUCCACCGAAUCCGAGCAGUUUCUUGUAACGUUUGGGAAACACUUGAGCAAAAUGAGAUGAAAUACAGGAAGUAGUGACUUUUGAGAGCUGCUGCAGUUGUUUUCAUUCGGUUUGGAAUUCAAGAUUAUUAGAAGAGUUUUGUGGUUGUUUAAGUGACUUUAAGGCAAUUUUAGUGUAUUAAAGUCGGUAAUAAUAGGCUGGGUACGCAUUUGUGACGGGCUGUUUGGACGUUUUAAAGACUAUUUCGGUGUAUUCAACAAUUAGGGCUCCAGGGCUUCAAGCCAUUUCAGUGGUUGCGUUUUUAGGCAUUUUAAGCAUUUGGUAAGGUAUUGUUUUGCUCUUUCAAUUGAAGCAUUUUUAAGCCGUUUUAAUGUGAUUCUAUUUUUGGGUUUCAGGCAAUUCAAACUGCUACAAAAUUUUUCGUUGUGAAUAGAUUUAAGAGGCGUUCGAAAGGUCAUUGCUUAGGCUACAAAUGAGAAAAAUUUCAGCUAAUUUGGAUUAACGUACUACAAGAAA